AUGCUGCCCAGGAAACGCGUCAAGAUCGCCAUUGCAUUGUUCACACUCCUUGUGAUCCUUAGCUUUCUCUCAACCAGCCCAUCAAAACCGACCAGGAUCCAGCACAAGUUCACACGGAAAGCUCAGAUCCAGACGGCCCGCCAGAAUGCAGUCAAACGCGAGUUCUUACAUGCUUGGACGGGCUACAAAGACCAUGCCUGGAUGGCGGAUGGAUUGAUGCCCCUGUCCGGAAGUAGGAAACAACAGUUCUGUGGUUGGUCAGCCACGCUGGUCGAUUCUCUGGACACCCUAUACAUCAUGGGACUCGACGAUGAUUUCGAUGAGGCGGUCAACGCCACUCUAACCAUUGACUUCACCGGCACGGCAGGCGACUGUGACGUCAACCUGUUCGAAUCGACCAUUCGUUAUCUGGGAGGGUUGAUGGCGGCUUAUGAUCUCAGUAACGACGCUCGCCUCCUUCCCAAAUUGGUGGAGCUGGGCGAUAUGCUGCAUUCGGCUUUCCGGACUGCAAACGGGAUGCCAUGCACUCACUGCAAACUGGGAGCUAAGCGAGGCGUACUCAUGGCCUCCAACAGCGCUCCCUUAGCCGAUGUCGGUAGCUUGUACCUGGAGUUUGCCAGACUCUCCCAGAUCACCAGAGACGAGAAAUACAUGAAGACGGUCGACUUCUUGAGCAACACCUUUGCUCGGGCGCAGGACCAAUCCAGCAUUGUGGGGCUGUGGCCGGAGAUUGUCAUUCCAAGUGCCACGGACGGCACCGAUCCCAUGUUCGUCAAAGCAAACUUCCGCUACUCCCUCGGUGCGCUUUCGGACUCUGCCUACGAGUAUCUGGUCAAGACCCACUUGCUGCUAGGCAAGACGACCAAGAUCUACGAAUCGAUGUGGAAGGCGGCAUCCAAACAGAUCAAGCGACAUCUCCUGUUUCGAGCCUUCAUCCCGCACGCCGACAAGACCGAGGUGAUCUUCCCCGGCAUCGUUACUAGAUCACGGAUUGUCAACCAGACCUUGCUUGAACCGCGGACAGAACAUCUGGCUUGUUUCUCCGGAGGCAUGUUCGCGAUGGCAUCGCGGAUCUUCAACGAGCCCGACGACUUCCACAUCGGCGAGCAGAUCACCAACGGCUGUGUCUGGGCGUACCGCAACAGUCCGACAGGCAUUAUGCCCGAGGCUUUCACGGCGCUCCCGUGUUCAGAUAAUGACGGCAGACAAUGUGACUGGAACGGUUCCUACUGGGAACAGGAAAGCCGCCGUCCCGCCCAUUGCCAGGAUGCGGAUUGCGACCAGUAUCGGUUCCCACCCGGCUUUCUGCAGGUGUCGGACCCGUCUUACAAGCUGCGGCCCGAGGCGAUCGAAUCCGUCUUUGUCAUGUGGAGGAUGACCGGCAACGAACACUGGCGCGAGGUUGGUUGGUCCAUGUUCGAAUCCAUCAUCGCACAUACCCGCUCUGCGUUUGGCCACGCGGCUCUCCUGAGCACAAUGGAGACAUACGACCAGGACCGGUACGAGAAGGGACUGAUGGUCAGAAAAGUCCUGGCGAGAAGACAAGACGACAUGGAGAGUUUCUGGUUCGCAGAAACGUUGAAGUACUUCUACCUGUUAUUCAGCGAGCCCAAUCUCAUCAGUCUGGACGAAUGGGUGUUGAACACUGAAGCCCAUCCGUUCCGACUGACUGCUGGGAUCCGCGGUUUUUGA